AUGAUGCAGUCCACGACAGCAGAUCGUAGCCAUGUCGACUCGGUACGAACGACCGUCGAAGAAACCCUGGUCACCUGUGAUGCUGGCUCAGAGCUGUGGUCUUCCGUGGCGUUUGAGCACCUGUCUGUAUCUGUCGUCGAAGCGGCGGUCGAGGCGCUGGCCUGCUGCUUUGGGCUGAGCCACGUGCUUCACACGGUCUUUGGCAGCGAGGUUGUGCGUGGCCUCAGCUGUGGUGAGCGAAGACGUGCCUUGCUGGCCGAAGCAGACCUUGUCUGUCUGGACAGCCCGACCAACGGCCCGGACGGAUCCACAGCCAUCGACAAAGUCACGUGCCGAGAGCCAGGAGCACGUGAAGCGGUGCUGGCAGCUUUGGACCUUGGAGACAUUGCGGACGAGCUGGUUGGUGUCCCGGACCUGGAGAAACGCAAGCGGGUGACAGUAGGCGUAGUGCACCGUGGUACCUAUGCCCGUCGGCUUUUGUCGCUGCUGCUGUGA